AUGACGUCACCGAGUUCUUUGAUUCCAGGUGCGCUGAGCCUUCGCCGAGUCUGCUACUACACGAACUGGUCCCAGUACCGGCCUCCACCCGGCAGCUUCACCCCCGAGGACGUUGACCCUUUCCUCUGCACUCACAUCGUCUUCUCCUUCGCCAAGAUCAUCAACGACCAGCUGACGCCGUUUGAGGCAAACGACGAGGACACAGACGACACCAAGGGAGCAUACACGCAGAUAAUAGAGCUGAAGGACGCCAACCCCAGGCUGAAGAUACUCCUGGCCGUGGGGGGCUACAACCUCGGGUCAUCAGCCUUCUCUCGCAUGGUAGCCAGUGCCGGCAACCGGAAGUAUUUUAUUCGCACGUCCAUCAAGUUUUUACGUGACUAUGAUUUUGAUGGCCUCGACCUUGACUGGGAGUACCCGACCCUGAGAGGGGGCGUGCCGGAAGACAAACGUAGAUUCACUUUGUUAGUUCAGGAAUUGGCGGCAGCUUUUGACAGAGAGCGUGUGCCAGCCGGAAAAUCACGGCUAAUUCUUUCAGCUGCCGUUGCCGGUGGAAAAAACAACAUAGAUUCAUCUUACGAGAUCAGUCUAAUUAGCAAGAGGCUGGACAUGAUCAACCUGAUGACGUAUGACUACCACGGCAGCUGGGAGCCCCUCACUGGACACAACAGUCCCCUGUACGGGCGCUCGGGGGACACGGGGCCCCUCGCUAACUCCCACACUGACUUUACAACCACCUACUGGAUGAAGAACGGAGCACCGAGAUCUAAACUCAACAUAGGCCUGGCCACAUACGGCCGGACAUUCACACUAGACGACCCCAAGGACAGCAGGGUUGGAAGUCCGGCUGCCGGUCCCGGUCCGGCCGGUCAAUACACUCGAGAGCCGGGCUUUAUGGCUUACUAUGAGAUCUGCCGGAUGAUUAAGGAGGGCGCCAAGACCUAUCGUCUGCAGGAUCAACAGGUGCCUUACCUGGUCCAGGGGGACGUGUGGGUGGGGUACGAUGACCCCAAGAGCUUGAGAAACAAAGUUCAGUACAUCAAAGACCGGGGCUAUGGCGGCAUUAUGGUUUGGGCUCUGGACUUGGACGAUUUCAGUGGAGCCUCAUGUGGGGGAGGGGCUUAUCCUCUGGUGCGGGCCAUCAAGGAGGAGAGUGCCUCCAACUCGACAGGCAUUCACUCAGUGCCCAACGCCACACUGACCACUAAACUGACCAACUCACGACUAGACUCCAGUAAAUCAGACAACGUGACGCGGCUCUGCAAGGACCAGCAUCUUAGCGACGGCCUUCACCCCCAGCCCGGAAGCUGCGCCAAGUUCGUCGUCUGUGUCAGGGGCGUGACCUUUAUGUGGUAUCUCUUCACUUUAGUGGUGCUGUUUGCCUUGGCUGGAUGUGCUAAUGGGGCAGCGUGCCAGAGGCGUGUCUGCUACCACACAAACUGGUCCCAGUACCGACAAGAACCAGCUAAAUUCAUGCCAGGUAACAUCGACCCCCAUCUCUGCACCCACAUCAUCUACGCCUUCGCCAAGUUAAGUAACAACGAGUUAGCGGCCUUUGAGUGGAACGAUGAGGACACCGACUGGGCUAAAGGACUGUACUCCAUGUUCAAUGACCUGAAACAAGUGAACCCCCAAAUGAAGACCCUCCUAGCUGUGGGGGGCUACAACCUGGGCUCGGCUCCGUUCUCUCAAGUGGUGGCUGACUCUGGCACACGACAACAUUUUAUUCAAACCUCCAUCAAAUUCCUGAGGGACCACAACUUCGAUGGCCUUGAUCUUGACUGGGAGUACCCAGCGUUGAGAGGAAGUGGACCCGAAGACAAGCACAGGUUUACCCAGUUGGUUGAGGAACUGUCCGCAGCCUUUGACCAAGAGCAUGGAUCCAGUGGAAAACCCAGGCUUUUGUUGUCUGCUGCUGUUGCUGCUGGUAAAGACAACAUUGAUGCGGCCUAUGAGAUCAGUGCCAUAGCCAGCAAACUGGACUUCAUCAACCUCAUGUCCUACGACUUCCACGGCAGCUGGGACCCGUUCACUGGACACAACAGUCCACUCUACGGCCACCCUUCUGACUCAGGGGCAAAUGUAAACUAUUACAUUGAUUUUGCUGCGAGAUACUGGGUUUCGAAGGGCGCUCCCAAAGAAAAAUUAAACAUUGGUCUUGCAACCUACGGUAGAAGUUUCAGCCUAGCUAAUCCUGCCAAUAUCAAUGUUGGGGCUCAGACUAUAGGGCCCGGGCCCAGCGGGAAGUACACUGGGGAGGCAGGGUUUUUGGCCUACUAUGAGGUUUGUGAACUGAUCAAAAGUGGUGCAACGGUCUACCGUAUCCCAGAACAGCAAGUCUCAUACCUUGUCCAGGGUAACCUCUGGGUAGGAUAUGAUGACCCGGAAAGUUUGAGAAACAAGGUCAAGUACAUCAAGGACAACGGUUACGGCGGGAGUAUGAUCUGGACCCUGGAUCUGGACGACUUCUCUGGAACUUUCUGUGGACUUGGACCGUACCCUCUGGCACGGGCCAUCAGUGAAGAGUGUGGGGCAGCACCAACUAGUGGCAGCGUUACCAGCACACCUCAGCCUGUUGAGCCACAGACACAAUCACCAAAUGUCGCCCAGACACAAUCACCAAAUGUCGCCCAGACACAAUCACCAAAUGUCGUGCAGACACAAUCACCAAAUGUCGUGCAAACACAAUCGCCAAAUGUUGUACAGACACAAGCUCCUGUGGUUCAAGAAAAUGUGACCAGCAUGUGUCGUGACAAAAGUCUCCCUGACGAUCUGUACGCCAACCCCACUAGCUGCUACAGCUAUGUGCAAUGUUUUGCCGACCAAACCUACAUCAUGCCCUGCCCAGCCGGCACCGCCUUUGAUGUACGAAUCAAGGUCUGCCAGCACAGAUACCUAGUCCCUGGGUGCUAUAGACUGUCCAUGUCCUACUACACUAGAGUGUUCAUGUCCUACUACAGUAGACUGUCCAUGUCCUACCACAUGAUCAAUGAACAGGCAAUUUACACUGGGGGAGAUAUUCUUCGGGCUGUAAAGGGGGACUCUGGGGGCUGUCACUGGGGGAUUCUGGGGGCUGUCAUUGGAGGAUUCUGGGGGCUGUCAUUGGAGGAUUCUGGGGGCUGUCAUUGGAGGAUUAUGGGGGCUGUCAUUGGAGGAUUCUGGGGGCUGUCACUGGGGGAUUCUGGGGGCUGUCACUGGGGGAUUCUGGGGGCUGUCACUGGGGGAUUCUGGGGGCUGUCACUGGAGGAUUCUGGGGGCUGUCACUGGGGGAUUAUGGGGGCUGUCACUGGGGGAUUAUGGGGGCUGUCACUGGGGGAUUAUGGGGGCUGUCACUGGGGGAUUAUGGGGGCUGUCACUGGGGGAUUCUGGGGGCUGUCACUUGGGGAUUCUGGGGGCUGUCACUGGGGGAUUAUGGGGGCUGUCACUGGGGGAUUAUGGGGGCUGUCACUGGGGGAUUCUGGGGGCUGUCACUUGGGGAUUCUGGGGGCUGUCACUGGGGGAUUAUGGGGGCUGUCACUGGGGGAUUAUGGGGGCUGUCACUGGGGGAUUCUGGGGGCUGUCACUGGGGGAUUAUGGGGGCUGUCACUGGGGGAUUCUGGGGGCUGUCACUGGGGGAUUAUGGGGGCUGUCACUGGGGGAUUCUGGGGGCUGUCACUGGGGGAUUAUGGGGGCUGUCACUUGGGGAUUCUGGGGGCUGUCACUGGGGGAUUCUGGGGGCUGUCACUGGGGGAUUAUGGGGGCUGUCACUUGGGGAUUCUGGGGGCUGUCACUGGGGGAUUCUGGGGGCUGUCACUGGGGGAUUCUGGGGGCUGUCACUGGGGGAUUAUGGGGGCUGUCACUGGGGGAUUAUGGGGGCUGUCACUUGGGGAUUCUGGGGGCUGUCACUGGGGGAUUAUGGGGGCUGUCACUGGGGGAUUCUGGGGGCUGUCACUGGGGGAUUAUGGGGGCUGUCACUUGGGGAUUAUGGGGGCUGUCACUGGGGGAUUAUGGGGGCUGUCACUGGAGGAUUCUGGGGGCUGUCACUGGGGGAUUAUGGGGGCUGUCACUGGAGGAUUCUGGGGGGGGGGGGCUGUCACUGGGGGAUUAUGGGGGCUGUCACUGGAGGAUUCUGGGGGCUGUCACUGGGGGAUUAUGGGGGCUGUCACUGGGGGAUUAUGGGGGCUGUCACUGGGGGAUUAUGGGGGCUGUCACUGGGGGAUUCUGGGGGGGGGCUGUCACUGGGGGAUUAUGGGGGCUGUCACUGGGGGAUUCUGGGGGGGGGGGGCUGUCACUGGGGGAUUAUGGGGGCUGUCACUGGAGGAUUCUGGGGGCUGUCACUGGGGGAUUAUGGGGGCUGUCACUGGGGGAUUAUGGGGGCUGUCACUGGGGGAUUCUGGGGGGGGGGGCUGUCACUGGGGGAUUAUGGGGGCUGUCACUGGAGGAUUCUGGGGGCUGUCACUGGGGGAUUAUGGGGGCUGUCACUGGGGGAUUAUGGGGGCUGUCACUGGGGGAUUCUGGGGGCUGUCACUGGAGGAUUCUGGGGGCUGUCACUGGGGGAUUCUGGGGGCUGUCACUUGGGGAUUCUGGGGGCUGUCACUGGAGGAUUCUGGGGGCUGUCACUGGGGGAUUAUGGGGGCUGUCACUGGAGGAUUCUGGGGGGGGGCUGUCACUGGGGGAUUAUGGGGGCUGUCACUGGAGGAUUCUGGGGGCUGUCACUGGGGGAUUCUGGGGGCUGUCACUUGGGGAUUCUGGGGGCUGUCACUGGAGGAUUCUGGGGGCUGUCACUGGGGGAUUAUGGGGGCUGUCACUGGAGGAUUCUGGGGGGGGGCUGUCACUGGGGGAUUAUGGGGGCUGUCACUGGGGGAUUCUGGGGGCUGUCACUGGGGGAUUAUGGGGGCUGUCACUGGGGGAUUAUGGGGGCUGUCACUGGGGGAUUCUGGGGGGGGGGGGCUGUCACUGGGGGAUUAUGGGGGCUGUCACUGGAGGAUUCUGGGGGCUGUCACUGGGGGAUUCUGGGGGCUGUCACUGGGGGAUUAUGGGGGCUGUCACUGGGGGAUUAUGGGGGCUGUCACUGGGGGAUUAUGGGGGCUGUCACUGGGGGAUUAUGGGGGCUGUCACUGGGGGAUUAUGGGGGCUGUCACUGGGGGAUUCUGGGGGGGGGCUGUCACUGGGGGAUUAUGGGGGCUGUCACUGGAGGAUUCUGGGGGCUGUCACUGGGGGAUUAUGGGGGCUGUCACUGGGGGAUUAUGGGGGCUGUCACUGGAGGAUUCUGGGGGCUGUCACUGGGGGAUUAUGGGGGCUGUCACUGGGGGAUUCUGGGGGGGGGGGCUGUCACUGGGGGAUUAUGGGGGCUGUCACUGGAGGAUUCUGGGGGCUGUCACUGGAGGAUUCUGGGGGCUGUCACUGGGGGAUUCUUGGGCGGGGGCUUUCACUAGUGGAUUCUGGGGGACUAUCACAGGGGGGGAUUCAGGGGAACUUUCACUAGGGGAUUCUGGGGGCUAUUCGCUUGGGGAUAGUGUUAGACUUGUAGAUUCACUUGGGGAUAAUGUUAGACUUAAAGAUUCGCUUGGGGAUAGUGCUAGACUUAAAGAUUCGCUUGGGGAUAGUGUUAGACUUGUAGAUUCGCUUGGGGAUAGUGUUAGACUUGUAGAUUCACUUGGGGAUAAUGUUAGACUUAAAGAUUCGCUUGGGGAUAGUGUUAGACUUGUAUAUUCGCGUCCGAUGUGGUAUCUAUUCACUUUAGUGGUGCUGUUUGCCUUGGCUGGAUGUGUAGGGUCAUCAUGCGAGAGGCGUGUCUGCUACUACACGAACUGGGCCCAGUACCGACCUCAGCCUGGCAAGUUCGUCCCAGACAACAUCAACGCCGCCUUCUGUACUCACCUCAUCUUCGCCUUCGCCAAGUUAGCUAACGGCGAGUUAGCGGCCUUUGAGUGGAACGAUGAGGACUCUGAAUGGGGGACCCUGGGAAUGUUCUCCUUGUUCAAUAACCAUAAGCGCAAACACAAGGGAUUGAAAACUCUUCUGGCUGUCGGGGGCUACAACAUGGGAUCUGAACUGUUCACCAAGAUGGUGGCUACCAAAGACAAACGAAAAAAGUUUAUUCAAAGUUCUAUUAGUUUCCUGAGGAAACACAACUUCGAUGGCCUUGACCUUGACUGGGAGUACCCAGCAAUGAGAGGCAGCCCCCCGGAAGACAAGCAAAAGUUUACCCAGUUGGUUGAGGAACUUAGAACGGCCUAUGAACAAGAGGAGAAAACCAGUGGAAAACCCAGGCUUUUGUUGUCUGCUGCUGUUGCUGCUGGUAAAGAGAGCAUUGAUGCGGCCUAUGAUGUCAGUGCCAUAGCCAGCAAACUGGACUUCAUCAGCAUCAUGUCCUACGACUUCCACGGCAGCUGGGACCCGUUCACUGGACACAACAGUCCACUCUACGGCCACCCAACAGACACUGGGUUAAACAAAAACUAUCACAUGGAUUUUGCUGCAAAAUACUGGGUUUCGAAGGGCGCUCCAAAAGAAAAAUUAAACAUUGGUCUUGCAACCUACGGCAGAAGUUUCAGCCUAGCUAACUCUGGCGUCAGCAAUGUGGGGGCGAAGACUGUAGGCCCCGGGCCCAGCGGGACAUUUACCAGGGAGCCGGGAUUUUUGGCCUAUUAUGAAGUUUGUGAAAUGAUCAAAAGUGGUGCUACGGUCCACCGUAUUCCAGAACAGAAAGUCCCAUACCUUGUUAAGGGAAACGUCUGGGUAGGGUACGAGGAUGCGGAAAGUUUGAGAACUAAGGUGCAGUACAUAACAACCAACGGCUACGGGGGCACCAUGGUCUGGACCCUGGACAACGACGACUUCACCGGUCGCGUGUGUGGACUUGGACCCUACCCGCUGCUCAGUGCCAUCACUGACGAGUGCAACUUACCCACAAAACACAAAGUGUUGCUGUCGCAAUCUCCACGUGGACUCUUUCGUUCCGUCAUACAAAGACAAAGGGUAGCUGCACCACGUAUACGAUCCUCAGUGCUGAGAGACAAUGUGACCUCUUCAAGUACUGCCUAGCCGGCACCGCCUUUGAUGGAAAAAUUAAAGCAUGCCAGAACAGAGACUUAGUCCCUGGUUGCUAGUGCCUCUGUUUAUGGUCUCCACAAAGGUCUUUACUUUAAUAAAAUAGCAGUUAUUUGAAACUGGGG